AUGGCUCCCACCAAGGAAUUCGCCCUCCUCUGCCUGGAGAACCCCCUCCUUGACAUCCAAGCCGUCGGCGACCAGGCCCUCCUCGACAAGUACUCCCUCAAGGCAAACGACGCCGUCCUCGCCGAACCCCACCAGCUCGGCAUCUACGAGGACCUCCUCAACAACUACGACGCCAAGCUCAUCGCCGGCGGCGCCGCCCAGAACACGGCCCGCGGCGCCCAGUACCUGCUGCCCGCCAACAGCGUCGUCUACCUCGGCGGCGUCGGCGACGACAAGUACGCCGCCAUCCUGCGCGACGCCGUAAAGGCCGCCGGCCUCCGCGUCGAGUACCGCGUCGACGACAAGCACCCCACCGGCCGCUGCGGCGUCGUCAUCACCGGCCACAACCGCUCCCUCUGCACCGACCUCGGCGCCGCCAACCACUAUGGCCUCGACCACCUGAAGAAGCCCGAGAUCUGGAGCCUGGUUGAGAACGCCGAGGUCUACUACAUCGGAGGCUACCACUUCACCGUCUGCCCCCCCGCCAUCAUGGAGCUCGCCAAGGAGGCCGCCGAGAAGAACAAGAUCUUUGUCGUCUCUCUCUCCGCGCCCUUCAUCCCCCAGUUCUUCAAGGAUGUCGUCGACGCCAGCGCCCCCUACUGGGACUAUGUCAUCGGCAACGAGGCUGAGGCCGCUGCCUAUGCCGAGGCCCACAACCUUCCUUCCAAGGAGCCCAAGGACGUCGUCAAGGUCCUGGCCAACCUGCCCAAGAUCAACACCCAGCGCAAGCGUGUUGCCAUCAUCACGCAGGGCACCGAGCCCACCUUGGUCGCCGUCCAGGGCGAGGACGAGGUCAAGGUCUUCCCUGUCCACCCCCUCGACCCUGCUCUCAUCAACGACACCAACGGUGCCGGCGAUGCUUUUGCCGGUGGCCUGGUUGCCGGUAUCGUCGAGGGCAACUCCCUGGAAGCAUCUGUUGACAAGGGCCAGUGGCUGGCCAAGCUGAGCAUCCAGGAGCUGGGUCCUUCAUACCCCUUCCCCAAGCAGACAUACUCGGCCUCCUCUUAA